AUGAGUUUCCCGCUCGAACAUUCCCGUGGCUACGACCAGGAACGCGUCGAGUUCACCGUAGGUGACGACACUUACCUGAACACAUACAAACCACAGAGGAAACUGUGGCUUACCUGGCCCAAGCGAGUCCUAGGAGGCAUUGCAGAAGACAUCAAUGAUUUGGUGGUUACACAUAAGAAGUUCACAUUGCUUAUUGCAGUUUUUCUAUUUCUUUCGUUUUUCACGCUGAUGCCGUACGUGCCGCAUGUUUUCAAUGGCGGCGACCCGAAGGUGGUGAUCAUAUUGGCUGCUAACGAGGGAGGAGGUGUUUUCAAGUGGAAGGGGCCUCAGGAAUGGUCUGUUGAGCGUUCUUCGAUUGCUAACAAGAAGCAGUACGCGAAGAGACACGGUUAUGGGCUUACAAUUAAGGAUAUGACGCUGAAGAAGCGUUAUUCGCAUGAGUGGAGAGAGCUGUGGGAGAAGGUGGAUUUGAUGAAGCAGGCAAUGAGACAGUUUCCUAAUACUGAAUGGUUUUGGUGGAUUGAUUUGCAUACGUAUAUUAUGGAGCCUCAUAAGUCGUUGGAGCUGCAUCUUCUUAACAAGUUGGACAAUGUCACGUACCGUAAUUUGGAGACGUUCAACCCUAUUGACUUGAAGGUGCCUUUGCCUUAUGUGGACUAUACGGCGCCUGUGGAUAUGGUGAUCACCCAAGACUGCGGUGGAUUCAAUUUGGGUUCUUUCCUUAUGAGAAGAUCUGAGUGGUCUGACAUGCUCCUAGAUAUCUGGUGGGACCCAGCCAUGUACGAGCAGAUGCACAUGCAGUGGGAGCACAAGGAACAAGAUUCGUUGGAAACACUCUAUGAAACUCAGCCGUGGAUUAGAGAAAGAGUCGGCUUUGUGCCUUUGCGUGCCAUAAAUGCAUUCCCACCUGGUGCCUGUGCUGACAAGGCAGACGACCCUCAGUACUUCUAUCACCGUGGAGACUUCCUCAUAAAUAUGGCAGGCUGUGAGUUUGGAAGAGACUGUUGGGGCGAGAUGGAGCAUUACAAGGCGCUUCUGAGAAAGCUUCAAAAAUGGUGGAGGAUAUGGUGA